GGGGCGGGCGGAGGAAGUGAGCGCAGCGGGGAGGAAUGCGAACGGGCGGGGCGUGUCGGCCCGGGGCGGCGGGGACAGCGGCGGGCGGCCAGGACGGCGGGUGCGGCGGGGCUGAGUGUGCGCGAUGCCUCACUUCACCGUGGUGCCAGUGGACGGGCCGCGGCGCGGCGACUAUGACAACCUCGAGGGGCUCAGUUGGGUGGACUACGGAGAGCGCGCGGAGCGCGAGGACUCGGACGGACAUGGCAACCACAGAGAGAGCAGCCCUUUUCUUUCCCCCUUGGAGGCUUCCAGAGGAAGUGACUACUAUGACAGGAACCUGGCACUGUUUGAGGAAGAGCUGGACAUCCGCCCAAAGGUAUCGUCUCUUCUGGGCAAGCUCGUCAGCUACACCAACCUCACCCAGGGCGCCAAGGAGCAUGAGGAGGCUGAGAGUGGGGAGGGCACCCGCCGGAGGGCAGCCGAGGCGCCCAGCAUGGGCACCCUCAUGGGGGUGUACCUGCCCUGCCUGCAGAAUAUCUUCGGGGUUAUCCUAUUCCUGCGGCUGACCUGGAUGGUGGGCACAGCUGGUGUGCUACAGGCUCUCCUCAUCGUGCUUAUCUGCUGCUGCUGUACCCUGCUGACGGCCAUCUCCAUGAGCGCCAUUGCCACCAACGGUGUUGUUCCAGCUGGGGGCUCCUAUUUCAUGAUCUCUCGUUCACUGGGGCCAGAAUUUGGAGGUGCUGUGGGCCUGUGCUUCUACCUGGGAACGACAUUUGCAGCAGCCAUGUACAUCCUGGGGGCCAUCGAGAUCUUGCUGACCUACAUUGCCCCACCAGCUGCCAUUUUUUACCCAUUGGGCGCUCAUGACACGUCGAAUGCCACUUUGAACAAUAUGCGUGUGUAUGGGACCAUUUUCCUGACCUUUAUGACCCUGGUGGUGUUUGUGGGGGUCAAGUAUGUGAACAAAUUUGCCUCGCUCUUCCUGGCCUGUGUGAUCAUCUCCAUCCUCUCCAUCUAUGCUGGGGGCAUCAAGUCAAUAUUUGACCCUCCCGUGUUUCCGGUAUGCAUGCUGGGCAACAGGACCCUGUCCCGGGACCAGUUUGACAUCUGUGCCAAGACAGCUGUAGUAGACAAUGAGACAGUGGCCACCCGGCUAUGGAGUUUCUUCUGCCACAGCCCCAACCUUACCACCGACUCCUGCGACCCCUACUUCCUGCUCAACAAUGUGACUGAGAUCCCUGGCAUCCCCGGGGCAGCUGCUGGUGUGCUCCAGGAAAACCUGUGGAGCGCCUACCUGGAGAAGGGUGACAUCGUGGAGAAGCAUGGGCUGCCCUCUGCAGAUGCCCCGAGCCUGAAAGAGAGCCUGCCCCUGUACGUGGUGGCCGACAUCGCCACAUCAUUCACCGUGCUAGUCGGCAUCUUCUUCCCUUCUGUGACAGGCAUCAUGGCUGGCUCAAACCGCUCUGGGGACCUCCGUGAUGCCCAGAAGUCCAUCCCUGUGGGGACCAUUCUGGCCAUCAUUACAACUUCCCUCGUGUACUUCAGCAGUGUGGUUCUCUUUGGUGCCUGCAUUGAGGGUGUGGUUCUCCGGGACAAGUAUGGCGAUGGCGUCAGCAGGAACUUGGUGGUGGGCACACUGGCCUGGCCUUCACCCUGGGUCAUCGUCAUCGGCUCCUUCUUUUCAACAUGCGGCGCUGGCCUCCAGAGCCUCACAGGGGCACCGCGCCUAUUGCAGGCCAUUGCCAAGGACAACAUCAUCCCCUUCCUCCGGGUAUUUGGCCACGGGAAGGUGAAUGGUGAACCCACAUGGGCACUUCUCCUGACAGCACUCAUCGCCGAGCUGGGCAUCCUCAUCGCCUCCCUCGACAUGGUGGCCCCCAUCCUGUCCAUGUUCUUUCUGAUGUGCUACCUGUUCGUGAACCUGGCCUGUGCAGUGCAGACACUCCUGAGGACCCCCAACUGGCGGCCCCGGUUCAAGUACUAUCACUGGGCGCUGUCCUUCCUGGGCAUGAGCCUCUGCCUGGCCCUUAUGUUUGUCUCCUCCUGGUACUAUGCCCUGGUGGCCAUGCUCAUCGCCGGCAUGAUCUACAAAUACAUCGAGUACCAAGGGGCUGAGAAGGAGUGGGGUGACGGGAUCCGAGGCCUGUCCCUGAGCGCCGCCCGCUACGCGCUGUUGCGGCUGGAGGAGGGGCCUCCUCAUACCAAGAACUGGCGGCCACAGCUGCUGGUGCUGCUGAAGCUGGACGAGGACCUGCACGUGAAGUACCCACGGCUCCUCACCUUCGCCUCCCAGCUCAAGGCCGGCAAGGGCCUGACCAUUGUUGGUUCUGUCAUCCAGGGAAGCUUCUUGGAGAGCUAUGGCGAGGCCCAGGCCGCCGAGCAGACCAUCAAGAACAUGAUGGAGAUUGAGAAGGUGAAGGGUUUCUGCCAGGUGGUGGUGGCCAGCAAGGUGCGGGAGGGGCUGGCCCACCUCAUCCAGUCCUGUGGCCUGGGCGGCAUGCGGCAUAACUCCGUGGUGCUGGGCUGGCCCUACGGCUGGCGACAGAGCGAGGACCCCCGUGCCUGGAAGACCUUCAUUGACACCGUGCGCUGCACUACGGCUGCCCACCUGGCCCUGCUCGUGCCCAAGAACAUUGCCUUCUACCCCAGCAACCACGAGCGCUACCUGGAGGGCCACAUAGACGUGUGGUGGAUCGUGCACGACGGUGGCAUGCUUAUGCUUCUGCCCUUCCUGCUGCGCCAGCAUAAGGUCUGGAGGAAGUGCCGGAUGCGCAUCUUCACAGUGGCCCAGAUGGAUGAUAACAGCAUCCAGAUGAAGAAGGACCUGGCCGUCUUCCUGUACCAUCUGCGCCUUGAGGCCGAGGUGGAGGUGGUGGAGAUGCAUAACAGUGACAUCUCUGCAUACACCUACGAGCGGACGCUGAUGAUGGAGCAGCGGUCGCAGAUGCUGCGGCAGAUGAGACUGACCAAGACUGAGCGGGAGCGAGAAGCCCAGCUGGUCAAGGAUCGGCACUCAGCCCUGCGGCUGGAGAGCCUGUACUCGGACGAGGAAGAUGAGUCUGCAGUGGGGGCUGACAAGAUCCAGAUGACAUGGACCAGGGACAAGUACAUGACUGAGACCUGGGACCCCAGCCAUGCCCCUGACAAUUUCCGGGAGUUGGUGCAUAUUAAGCCGGACCAGUCCAAUGUGCGACGCAUGCACACCGCUGUGAAGCUCAAUGAAGUCAUUGUCACGCGCUCCCACGACGCCCGCCUGGUUCUCCUAAACAUGCCUGGCCCACCCAAGAACAGCGAGGGCGAUGAGAACUACAUGGAGUUCCUCGAGGUACUGACCGAGGGCCUUGAGCGGGUGCUGUUGGUGCGUGGUGGUGGCCGUGAAGUCAUCACCAUCUACUCCUGAGCCCAGUGUCAUCUUGUGGCCUGGAGUCGAGGUCUUGGCCCCCAGUGUCAUCUUGUGGCCUGGAGUCGAGGUCUUGGCCAGGACAUCACAAGCUGUGGUCUGGGGUAACAGCCUCUUCCCAGCACCCACUUGCCAGCCCUGCUUGCCUGGCCCUGUCCUGGACCCAGCUUUGCUAGGUCUCCUUGGAAACCAGGCCUGGGCCUCAAAAUGGAGAUGGAUCCUAGGUCUUGGGGGACCGUGGGAGGUUUGGGGACUUUACUGUCUAGCACCCCAGUAGGCCUGUCCUGGCCAGAGAAGACUGGUUGGGGCCGAGUGGGAUUUGAAGGCAGCUGGCCCAGCCCAGUCCAGGAGCACUAUUUAUUGCAUAUUUAUUAUUUGGAUGUCACCAUCAGAGACGAAGGGAAGAGUAGCCAGGGAGGGAGUCCAGCCCAGCUGCCUGCAGGAAGAUCUGGCUCAGUCAACUAUGGGCAGGGCCCCCCCACCAAGAUGAGCCGAAUGGAGACAGCCGAGCUGAGGCCUGACUUUUUCAAUAAAACAUUGUGUACUUCUGG